UAGCAAGAAGGCCAUCCAAUCAAACAACACUUCAAUUUUAAGUGAGGACAGACAGUUCCUUCUUUUUCUCUUACUUAAAACCUCACCCUCAACAAACGUAAGUUUGUUCCUACGGCAAUCAGAGUUAUUACCAGAACCCCCUUGCAAAGCUAUUUCGUUGACUUUUUGAGCCACUGCUGCCUCUCUCCAACAGCUGUUUCAUGGGAACCCCGGAGGAAGAGAAAGAUUGGUUAGAUGUGGCCAAUGAUCUACUCAGCAAGUGUCACAUAGAACAGAAGCUGACUAAACUCACAGACUGCGAUGCAAAUGUGUUUAUUAGUCUCUAUGAGAACAUCCUAAAAGAGACCGUUCCAGAUUAUAUUGCAUCACCAAGCAGUCAAGAGGAUGACGUACAUAAUGUUCAGUGUGUGAUUGACUCGCUUUCACUGGAUUAUCUUCAGAUCAGCCUCUCACAUAUUACAGGAGAAAAUGUCAUCAGGGGAGACAAAGAGUCAAUCAAGAACCUCUUGGAUAUCUUUGAUGGCCUAUUGGAAUAUCUCAGUGAGGAGAUAAAAUCGGUGACAUGUAACGGUGGUCUCGGAGAGGAUUUUCCGGGUGAAACCGAGGAGCCGACAUACAGCAAUGUCAUCGAUUACAUGGAUGCUACGACAGAGGGAACAUCUUUGCCUUCUGAUGGAGGAGAGUCCGCUCCACAGUCGAUUGAGAAUUCGGAACAUUCCGGCAAAAGUGAACGGAUGGGAUCGGCCAGUGAACUCAUAGGGCUCGGAGUUUCAGCGCGCACAUUCACGGACAAUCAAGAAGAACAAGCUGUCCCGCUGCAAACCACUGAUGCAAUCACCACCACUGGUCUCUCAGAAGACCAGGAUCCACCUUUGACUGUACAGGUGCACUCUGCCAUCGCUCUGCACCCACCCACUCAGAGCGACUCUCCCCACCCAUGCUCCCUUGGCCGAACCCCAAAAACUGCUGGAGACGCUGCCACAGUCCAGACGUCCAGUGCUGGAAACGGGAGAGUUGACUGCAAUGGAGUGCACUCUCCUGCUCAGAGUCAAAGGGAUUCAUCCAUCCAGGAAAGGAACGACAUAGGGGGAGAGACACUGGAGCCCACUAAUGGAGGCCCCAGGAGGGUUUUAUUCCACAUGCAACCAGAUGUGCUCUUCCUCACACUGCAGGAUGAGCUACCGGCCACAACACCUUCUCCCCCAGAAACAGAGGAAGAGGAGCAAGAGGAAGACCUGAGUUCAACGAGGGGAAGUGUGGACCACCAGCAUGGGACAAGCCUUUGCAAUUUGCAAGAGGAUGAGGAAGACAUUAUGGAACAACGGUCUCACCGCAGGGAGAGAGGCAGAAAAGGAGCAGAAAAGGAACUGCAUCACAUUUCGGAAAAACUUGCCCAUCGGAUUGAGGAGCUGGAUCAGAUGCUAAAACGACUUUUGGGAAACAGUGGAGAGCCUGGUGCUGUCAGAGAUGAGGAUGAGCUGUCCCAGCACAGUGAUAGCAUCACGCAGCCUCGUAGGACUCUCAGACAACACAUAGGAACACCUGAGUGCUUUUCAUAUACCUUGCCCCCACGAGGUCAUCACUCUGUGCAGGAGCACUCAGAGGAUGAUGAGGCUGAACCCCUGAGCCCUGACGGCAGGCAAACAAACAUCCCUGCUGGUGCUCUGUGGCAAAGUGAGCCACUGCGCCGUAGAAAACACAGAAAGACUGUGGUUAACCAGGCCUAUGAGAAGGAGUUGAGGAGAUUAGAAUGCAAAAAACGAGCAGUUGUCGACAAGGAACGACACAAAGCACAGGAGGCUGAGCGAGAGUAUAGAGAGGCUAUACUAAAAGACUUCUCCAAAGCACCCACAAUGUCUCCAUCUACAAUGAAGUCCCAGCAGAAUCUCAACACACAGGCCACAUCAGGUCGACUGCGAAUACCCAAGAAAACUCCACCAUUGAAAGUGAGGGAGAAUGAGCUCCUCCCCGUGCUCCUGGAGGAGUUGCCUUACCUCCAGAUGUCGCCGCGUGAGGUGGACCGCAUGUGGCAGCAGCAGAGGCAGCAGAUGGAACGACUUCACGCCCUCUCCUCCUCCCAUCGGCAGCGUCGCAGCAAACUGUCCAAAGAGGUGGAAGAUGCUCAGAGGAAGCACGACCUGCUGGCGGGGAUGGUGCACAAACAGCAGGAGCACAGCAGGCGUCUGAGGGACUUUAAAGAGCACAUCCAGCAUCAGAGGUCCACCCAGAACCGACUGAGAGAGCAGCGACAGCAGGUUGCCCGAGCCAGAAAGUACCACCAGGACUACCAUGUCCAACACCGGGCUCGCCUAAUGAGAGCUCGCACCAAAGAGGAGAGGAUGUUUCGACAGCUCUUUGAAGAGGGUUUGGAGCUGCAGAAGGCUCGUCUGAGAGAGCAAAGGGAAUACGCCACACAGCAGAGGCAGCAACAUGACAAACAACACCAGGACCACAUCCAGUCCAUGGAGAACUACUACAAAGACCAAUUCUCACUACUGGCAGAGAAACUUGCACAAGAGCGACAGGAGAUCCAGAUACGUAAAAAAGCUCAAGAAAAGGUCCUUCUCAAGAUGAAGCGCGAGCUGCGUUCCAGGAUGGAGCACGAGAUCGGUGAGCUGCAGAAGAUCAUCGUCCAGAAUGACGAAGACGACUACUUCGAGGACAUAGAGGUCCAAAGGCUACGCAAUCGGGUCCGCAUGGCUUCGUUCCAGUACCGCAAGAACUAUCUGCACUGAUCUUCAAGUCUGGAACUAGCUGACAAGCUAUAUCUACAGUCUUCCUCAUAUUUGCACAGGAGGAGGAGGAGAACGAGACUGAGAACUCUAAAGCAAUCCGAUAAAUUGUAUCUCCUUCUCCCUCUGACUCCAGCUGCUACGACACCUUGCAUCCUUGGGCCUUAUUUAAAGCAACAUGUUCCUUCCUUUGCCAAAUGACCACCACAAGUAUGAAUGUUUGCAACACAUUGACCUUUUCACUUCUUUUUACGCCUUCCUUUUAAUGUGUCUCAUAAUACCUGUGGAUUAUUUAUUUUUUAACUUAAACUUUUCCUUGUCUAACACUAAGCAGAUGCUGGUGCUUUGUGGUCACUGGGAACAAUUACAACCAAGUCUUAAUUAAUUGUAACACAUGGAGAGGUGUGGUAAAUGAAUUUUUUUUUAGGAGGGAAACUUAACUUCUAUGAAGCUCUGGAAUGACUCUGAUGCUAUUCAGUUGUGGGUAUUGUAGCCUUUUUUCCCAAUCAAUAAACCUGAGAUGCUGUAAUGUCUGAACAUUGUUGUGUCACACACAUAUGUAAAGGUGUGUGUGUGUGUGUGUGUGU